UCCACGGCGGUGACAGCCGCGACCCGCCACGUCCCGCACGUAGCUCCUGGACGCGGCGGGGAGCGGGGGGCUGGUGUCGGGGGCACGGGCUCCUCGGGCGGCGCUCGGCAUGAAGCUGGCGCGGCUGCUGCUCGGAGCCUCUUCGGGGGGCCCCGGUUUAGGGUGGCGCCCCGCGGGCCCCAGCGUCAGCCGCGGCCUGACCUCGGAUUCCAGCUCUGGGCCGGCGUCGGAACGCGGCGUUCCGGGCCAAGUAGACUUCUACGCGCGCUUCUCGCCGUCGCCGCUCUCCAUGAAGCAGUUCCUGGACUUCGGAUCCGUAAAUGCAUGUGAAAAGACCUCAUUUAUGUUUCUGCGGCAGGAGUUGCCUGUUAGAUUGGCAAAUAUAAUGAAAGAAAUAAGUCUUCUUCCAGAUAACCUUCUCAGAACCCCAUCCGUUCAAUUGGUACAAAGCUGGUACAUCCAGAGUCUUCAGGAACUUCUUGAUUUUAAGGACAAAAGUGCUGAAAAUGCUAAAACUAUUUAUGACUUUACAGAUACUGUGAUCCGGAUCAGAAACCGACACAAUGAUGUCAUUCCCACAAUGGCACAGGGUGUGACAGAAUACAAGGAAAGCUUUGGAGUGGAUCCUGUUACCAGCCAGAACGUUCAAUACUUUUUGGAUCGAUUCUAUAUGAGUCGCAUUUCAAUUAGAAUGUUGCUUAAUCAACACUCUUUAUUGUUUGGUGGAAAAGGAAGUCCUUCUCAUAGAAAACAUAUUGGAAGCAUAAAUCCAAACUGCAAUGUGAUUGAAGUUAUUAAAGAUGGCUAUGAAAAUGCUAGGCGUCUUUGUGAUUUAUAUUAUAUUAACUCUCCUGAACUAGAACUUGAAGAACUAAAUGCAAAAUCACCAGGACAGCCAAUACAAGUGGUUUAUGUACCAUCCCACCUCUAUCACAUGGUGUUUGAACUUUUCAAGAAUGCAAUGAGAGCAACUAUGGAACACCAUGCUGACAAAGGUGUUUAUCCUCCUAUUCAAGUUCAUGUCACACUGGGUAAUGAGGAUUUGACUGUGAAGAUGAGCGAUCGAGGAGGUGGUGUUCCAUUGAGGAAGAUUGACAGACUCUUCAACUACAUGUAUUCAACUGCACCCCGGCCUCGUGUUGAGACAUCCCGAGCAGUGCCCCUGGCUGGCUUUGGUUAUGGACUGCCCAUAUCACGUCUUUAUGCACAGUACUUCCAAGGAGACCUAAAGCUGUAUUCUUUAGAGGGUUAUGGGACAGAUGCAGUUAUCUAUAUUAAGGCCUUGUCAACAGAAUCGAUUGAGAGACUCCCUGUGUACAACAGAGCGGCAUGGAAACAUUACAACACCAACCACGAGGCUGAUGACUGGUGUGUCCCCAGCAGGGAGCCCAAAGACAUGACCACAUUCCGCAGCGCCUAGGUGCGCCCGCACACCUGGAAAGCCCAGACAUGGUCACCUUACAUUUGGAGCUACAUUGUUCCAAAAACUUUAUGUGUCAGUUUACAGUUAAGUCUUUGGAUACAAUAAAUGGAAAGUCAGUUCCAUUUGUGCCUGCUCAACUGGAAGGAUUAAAUUUUAUACAGAUACCUUCAGUUAUUUGAACAUAUUUUUAAACAACUGUCGUGUUAGCCAACUUUUCUCUUUAUGACUGGAAUCUGAAGUAUAGAUAGAGCCUUUGGGUUUCUAUAAGGAGGCUGUGGGUUUUUUUUUUUUUCCUUUAUUUUUAUAGUAGGUUUUGGUGUGUCUCCUAGAAUCAUUUUCUAAGUAGUGAUUAGCUGGUUAGAAAUCUUUCUGGUACUUGGAAGAAUUCUGCCAUCGUUUACUACAUAAUGGCACCCAAUAAGGUUGUCCUGGACUUCAUGUUUACCAGCAAAGCUGAACACAGUUGAUAGUGUGAGCCAGCUGCCUUUCAACACCCACAAACAGCAUUUAUCUCUGAAGUUAGUUGAUGAUGUUCUAAUCUUAUUGUAAUGGGUUCUAAUAGUUUAGUUCCCUGUGAAUCUAAGCCAAGAUCCUGGGCAAUUUGUUCUGAGUGUGCUUAUGAUUGUUGCAAGGGAAAUUUUUAUACUAAAAGCAAAUGAACUAACAGCUACUGGAAGUAUACAUCACAAAUCAGGGGCAAAAUAGUGACCCUAAAACUGAGCUAAUUAAUUAUUAUGCUCACUUGAGGGAGUGGUCUUUUUUUUUUUUUUCUUUUUCCAGAAAGGAAAACACGUUUCCUGAGUUCUGCUUUUGUCAUACUGGAGGAGAAUCUCCAGGGAUAGAGUUCAGGGAUCUAAAUUUUAAAAUUUUUCCAGAUAAAGAAAUGCCUAGCUUAGUUGAGACCACUCUGUAGUACAUAAAUAUUCUACUACCUUUGCCAAGGUAUCAGAGAAAUCAUUAGGUUUUGGUUCCACUUAUAUAAAUGUCAGAUUUCGGGAUUCAAGGAGAGACAAACUGAAUCUCAGGCCUGGUGCAUUAGAAGCAGGAAAAGAUGAUUGAUAAUAGGGGAAUAGUCAGAUUAACCAAAGAGCCACUUUGUUUUUAGUUUAAGUGGUGAUGAAGAAAAUGUAUUUUCUAAAAGUAUCCCAACUUUGUUAUCAGGGAACAGUCUACUUGGGCUGAUUACAACAGUCCUUCACAUUUGUGUGUUAAUCUACACUUUACAAAUGCCUGAAGUAGUAUAACUUUAUUGGUCUUCAAAAUACAGAGCUAUGGAACAGGUGGUAUUAUCCUGACUUUCAGGAUAAUACCUUUUUACUCAGGGUGAACCAGAGUCGCCCAGAAUGAAGCCAGAGCCCAUAUCCCUGUUGGUCUUAUCAUCUGGCAAGUUCAGAGGACUACAAAGUUCUUUCAUUUUCUUGGGAGGUAAGAUGAUUUGAUCUAGCAAAUAUAUGGAGUUGAAACCUUUACUCUGAAAGGAAUUUCAGAUUAUCAUGCUGUGCUCCCAAAGUACUUUUUAAAA